CCUUCGCCUGUCAAGAUGUGUUCGGCUACGUCUCCUGACGUAGCGGACCCGGCCUCGGCGUGACGGGGACGAGCUGGCUCGGUCAUGGCCCAGCCCGGGGAGACCCCGGCUUCGGAGCCGACGGAGGCUCUUCUUCAACGAGUAGCUGAACUAGAGAAAGUCAAUGUUGAAUUUCUACGUACAAAACAGAAUCUCGAGCAAGAAUUUAAUCAAAAGAGAGCCAAGUUUAAAGAACUGUAUCUGGCUAAAGAAGAGGAUCUGAAGAAGCAAAAUGCAGAAUUGCAGGCAGCACAUGACAAUCUGGAGAAACUUCAAAAGCAGCUCAUGGAAGCACAGGCUGAAAUGGAAAACAUCAAAGCCGUUGCUACAGUGUCUGAAAAUACUAAACAGGAAGCUAUUGAUGACAUAAAGAAACAGUGGCAGGAAGAUGUUGCCUCUCUGCAGGCAAUAAUGAAAGAAACUGUCCGUGAAUAUGAAGGCCAGUUUCAUCACAGGUUGGAACAAGAGCGAUCUCAGUGGAAUCAAUAUCGAGAGAACGUUGAACGGGAAAUAGCAGAGCUUAGAAGGCGACUUUCAGAAGGUCAAGAAGAGGAAAACUUGGAGAAUGAAAUGAAGAAGGCUCAAGAAGAUGCCGAAAAACUUCGUUCAGUUGUGAUGCCCAUGGAGAAGGAGAUUGCAACUUUAAAGGAUAAACUGACUGAAGCUGAAGAAAGAAUAAAAGAGCUGGAAGCUUCAAAGGUUAAAGAACUGAAUCACUACUUGGAAGCCGAGAAAUCCUGUAGGACAGAUCUAGAAAUGUAUGUGGCUGUUUUGAACACUCAAAAGUCUGUUUUGCAAGAAGAUGCAGAAAAAUUACGGAAGGAACUUCAUGAAGUAUGCCAUCUACUAGAGCAGGAAAGGCAGCAGCAUAAUCAGCUCAAACACACGUGGCAGAAGGCCAAUGACCAGUUCUUGGAGUCGCAGCGUUUAUUGAUGAGGGACAUGCAAUGGAUGGAGAUGGUGCUGACCUCGGAACAGCUACGGCAAGUUGAAGAACUAAAGAAAAAAGACCAGGAGGAUGAAGAGCAAAGAAGACUUCAUAAAAGGAAAGAACAGAAGGAGAAAGGCACUGAUGAUGAAUCAAACGUGGUUUGUUCUACAGUUCAUGAAGAAGCCCUUCCACCAUUUUCUGGUGAAGAGGUGCACCUCAAUAGCACUCAUGGUUCAGCCCACUCGCUUGACACAGAUGCAUUGCUGUCUUCAGGAGAGUCUCUCAAGUCGGACAAUGACAUGUUUAAAGAGGGACUGCGUAGAGCCCAGUCAACAGACAGUUUGGGAACAUCAGGAUCUUUACAAGCCAAAGGUCUGGGCUACAACAAUAAAGCCAAAUCAGCUGGGAACCUUGAUGAAUCUGACUUUGGGCCGCUGGUUGGGGCAGACUCUAUAUCGGAGAACUUUGACACUGCCUCCCUGGGCUCUCUGCAAAUGCCUGGUGGGUUCAUGUUAACCAAAGACCAGGAAAAAGCAAUCACAGCAAUGACACCAGAGCAGGAGGAAACAGCAUCCCUUCUCUCCAGCAUCACACAGAGUGUAGAAAACGCUUACGUGUCUCCUAGCGGUUACCGUUUAGUUAGUGAAACGGAAUGGAAUCUCCUUCAGAAAGAGGUGCAAAAUGCUGGGAACAAGCUGGGAAGGCGCUGUGACAUGUGUUCAAAUUAUGAAAAACAGUUGCAAGGCAUCCAGAUUCAGGAGGCUGAAACAAGGGAUCAGGUGAAGAAACUUCAAAUGAUGUUGAGGCAGGCCAAUGAUCAACUAGAAAAAACAUUACGAGAGAAACAGGAGCUGGAGGAAUUUAUGAAACAAAGUAGCGAAGACUCAGCCAGUCAGAUUUCAUUACUUACUGCUAGAGCUCAGGAAUCUGAUGCCUUACUUAAUGAAUUACAGCAGGCAUUUUCUCAAGCUAAAAGAAAUGUCCAAGAUCAAAUGGUUGUCCUGAUGCAAUCACGAGAGCUCGUUUCAGAGGAAUUGGUAAGGCUCCAGAAGGAUAACGAAAGCCUUCAAGGAAAACAUUGUCUGCACAUAUCUUUACAGCAAGCUGAGGACUUUAUACUUCCAGAAACUGGAGAGGAACUCCGUGAAUUGGUCCUCAAGUAUCGUGAAGACAUUAUUCGUGUACGAACUGCAGCUGAUCAUCUGGAAGAAAAACUGAAGGCAGAAAUUUUAUUUUUAAAAGAACAGAUUCAAGCCGAACAAUGUUUAAAAGAGAACAUAGAAGAGACUUUGCAGCUAGAAAUAGAAAAUUGCAAAGAGGAAAUAGCUGCUGCAUCCAGUCUAAAAACAGAAUUGGAGCAAAUAAGAAUGAUUAAAGACCAGUUGGAAUCCAACUUGAAAGAAAAGAUACAGCAGUUAGAAAACUUUGAAGAGAGAGAAAAUGAUCUGGAAGAACAGCUGAAAAAGGAAAUUGCCACAAAGGCUAACUUAGAACAUAUGAUGUUCGAGGAAAAGAACAAAGCUCAACGGCUUCAGACAGAAUUGGAUGUCAGUGAGCAAGUACAGAGAGAUUUUGUUAAGCUUUCUCAGACCCUUCAGGUCCAGUUGGAACGGAUCCGGCAGGCAGAUUCCCUGGAGAGAAUUCGUGCAAUCCUCAAUGAUACAAAACUGACUGACAUUAAUCAGCUACCUGAAACAUGACAGCCUUGGUAGCAAAGCUGCAAAGCUACAUUUUGGUGUUUUUUUUUUUAAAAAAACCCUCUUUAUAGCAAAACCUUUAAUAAUUAUUUAAUUCUAACUGAAAGAGCAGAAGAUGACACAAGAGCCAUGGUCCAGGUUGUGUUUCUGGGAGGGAGAAGGUUUUGUGGGCGGGAAGAAAGUUUCACACAGAGAAGAUUGGCAGGAUCCUGCAGGGUGCCUGCCUUCAGUGUAGUUGGACUUCUCCAUAUAACUCAUCUACCUUCAUCCUCCUGCCCCCCCCCCCCCCCCAAUGUGAUCCUGGAAUACAGCAUUCCCUCCCUCCCUCUCAUCCAUACCCUGUUAAAAUACUGUGAUGAAAGUAAUUGCUGAAAAUCAUCUCCUCCCAUCCUACCCCAAAUCUUUUGGAGUGAAGUUACACUAGCAAGUUGGGCAGAAGGGGAAAAUAGUAUAUUGUAUUAAUAUUUUAUAUUAAAAUAUGAAUUUACUUGCAGGACACCGGGUUUUGGGUUUUUCUAGCUCAGUACAUUUUCUGUACCUUGAAUGUUGUGCUGGAAGAGCCCCAACUAAAAACAUGGGACAGAAUAUGGACAGAAAAGGAUUAGAGAGAAGGCUGCAAAUUUUCCCAAAAGAACCUAAGGCACAGGGGAAAAAAUGGAUAAUUAGAAUGGGAAAAUAAAUUCAUAAGACACAAAAGUCAGGGAAGUGAAGGUUAAUCUUCAUAGAAAAAAAAGCAAAUCAAAAUAAAUUGCUUCAGAAUCUUGCCUUACCUCCCCCCCACCCCCCA